AUGCAGGUGUGGUUCCAAAAUCGUCGUGCAAAAUGGCGCAAAACAGAAAAAUGUUGGGGCCGGAGUACUAUUAUGGCAGAGUAUGGAUUAUAUGGAGCCAUGGUCAGGCAUUCAUUACCUUUACCAGAAACGAUAUUAAAGAGUGCAAAGGAAAACGAAUCUGUAGCUCCAUGGUUAUUAGGUAUGCACCGAAAAUCAAUCGAAGCAGCAGAACAUCUAAAAGAUGAUCCUGGAUCUGGAGCCCCUGGGGGCGGUGGAAGUGGAGGUGCUGGAAGUGAUCGUGAAGAUAGUGCAUCUGUGAGGACGGACGAUGCAAGUGAUACCAGCGGAGGCUCCGUUCGACAACAGCAAACACAUCCACAAAACCAAACAGAUGACCAUUUUAAAAAUACCAGUGCAAUCCGAACACGGAGAGAUGGUACCCCAAACGAUGCAUCACCGAGAACGAGUCCAGGACCACAUAAUAUGUCUCCUAACAAUAUGAAUCAUAAAAGGAACAAUAAUUUGGUCGUAUCAGAAGACCAACACGGUUUUGGAGGUGUGUCACCGGAUGAUCCAGAAGCGUUCAGGCAUUUUUUCUACAGGAAUAACUCGAUCGCCUGCCUACGAGCCAAAGCGCAAGAACACCAAGCGCGACUGCUCGGAGGCGGACUGCUGCUCCAGGUGCGGUCAUUAGCUGGCAUGCAGGCGGGACUACCCGACGACAAUGCGAAUAGCAUUGCGAAUCCUAACAGAAUGGACAGGCCUGGUGUUGAAACAUUGUUUUAA